CGCUGCAGCGCCACGUAGGCGGGGUUACAAACAGCUGAUGGUGGACGGAGUCUUGCUGAGGGUACAAUAACACAAAUUGCAGGAAGCAUGAGAGACGCAGUAACACUGGUGCUGGGGGCAAUUUUCUUUGAACAGGUGCUGGGGGAGUAUGGGAUGGCACAUGUCAGCAACCAGGGGAAGAACAAGGGGAAGGAUUACUGCAUUCUCUUCAACUCCCAGUGGGCUCACCUACCUCAGGAUCUAGGCAAAGCGUCCCGGCUCCAGAUCCAUGACCUGACUGCGUCAGUUCUCUGCUCCCCCUCCGAGGUCCCUGCAGGCGGAUUCACGAACCGCAUUCCUAUGGUGCUGCGCGGAAACUGCACUUUCUACGAGAAAGUGAGGCUCGCGCAGAUCAAUGGGGCCAAGGGGCUACUCAUCGUGAGCAGAGAUAGACUGACCCCCCCUGCAGGAAACAGGAGUCAGUAUGAGGAGAUCGACAUCCCUGUUGCCCUGCUCAGCUACACAGACAUGUUGGACAUAAGCAAGACCUUCGGGAAGGGGAGAGAAGUAGCUAUGUACGCGCCACAUGAACCUGUCCUCGACUACAACAUGGUCAUCAUUUUCCUGAUGGCGGUGGGGACCGUGGCUGUCGGGGGAUACUGGGCUGGGAGCCGGGACGUCAAGAAGAGAUACAUGAAGCACAAGAGGGACGACGGAGCAGAGACACAGGACGAGGAAACCGUCGACGUGACGCCCAUCAUGAUCUGCGUGUUUGUCGUCAUGUGCUGUUCCAUGCUGGUGCUGCUGUACUACUUUUACGACCACCUCGUGUACAUGAUCAUCGGAAUAUUCUGCCUGGCGGCAUCUAUAGGACUCUACAGCUGCCUGUCUCCCUUUGUGCGAAGAAUCCCUUUUGGGAAGUGCAGAAUCCCAGAAAAUAACCUGCCUUACUGCCACAAGCGGCCACAGGUGCGAAUGCUGUUGCUGUCUGUGUUCUGCGUGUCGGUCAGUGUCAUCUGGGGAGUCUUCCGAAACGAGGAUCAAUGGGCAUGGGUGCUGCAGGACGCGCUGGGAAUCGCAUUCUGCCUCUACAUGCUAAAGACAAUCAGGCUGCCCACUUUCAAGGCCUGCACGUUACUGCUGGCCGUCCUGUUUGUGUAUGAUGUUUUCUUUGUAUUUAUUACUCCACUCCUCACAAAGAGUGGGGAGAGUAUCAUGGUGGAAGUGGCUGCUGGUCCCUCUGAUUCAUCCACCCAUGAAAAGCUCCCGAUGGUGCUAAAGGUCCCUCGUCUGAACUUCUCUCCGUUGGCCUUGUGUGAUCGUCCCUUCUCUCUGUUGGGUUUUGGAGACAUCCUGGUACCAGGCCUGCUGGUUGCCUAUUGUCACAGGUUUGACAUCCAGGUGCAGUCGUCACAGAUCUACUUUGUCGCCUGUACAGUAGCAUAUGGAAUCGGCUUGCUCAUCACUUUCGUUGCUCUAGCCCUAAUGCAGAUGGGGCAGCCAGCCCUGCUGUACCUGGUGCCCUGCACUCUCCUCACCAGCCUAGGGGUGGCGCUGUGGCGCAGGGAGCUAGCCAUGUUCUGGACUGGCAGUGGCUUUGCGAAAGAGAUGCCCCAGCCCCCACUCGUCAUGACACCAAUCAACUGCACGCAGUCACCCGACCCACCUACCAAGGAACAGCUGACCAGUCCUGCGCUGCAAGCUGCUGAAGAAGCCACCAAUCCGAGCGAAGAAAAGUCUCCCCGGGAGGCGAAGAAGCAAUCGGAUUAGUGGAAGAUGAAUCAGGAUGCCCCUUUUUUUUUUUAAAAUGUUAUUUUUGUCUUUUCUUUAUUUUUAUAUACAGCUUUGGUUCAUGUAAAGGACUUGUCUGGUUGCGAGCAGUACCAUGGGGUGUAAUCAUGAGAACUCUGCUCUUGUUAGAAAGAAGAGAGGGAGGUAUGGAAGGGCACCCAACUGAACCACUGAAAUCACUCCAUUAAAAUUGUUAAUCGGUAAGCUAUUUCACCCGGAAGGCUUGGGCAUUAACACUAAAGGAAGCACAAGGACCAUUCCAAAUCAACUGUGUGUGUUGCGCAGACACCAUUUCCAGCUUACUUUCCCAGUGGCAUGGAUAUUAAUAAACAUAAGGCACACUAAUGCUUGUAAACAAGUGCUUUGGUCAACAGCCAGGCGAUCCUUGGUUUCAAUUCAGUUGUAAUCUGUCUACUGCAAUAUACCUUCAGAUAUCCGCGCCAGCUGUGGAGUAUGUUACCGUUUUCAGUUGUGCAAAAGAAAUAUGAAUCUUGGUAGACGUAAACCAGUGUGUAAAAAAAAAAAUGUCCAGGCUCCUGGGAUUAAACACAGGUAGUUCUGAAUGUCUGUACUGUAUACUAGUGUACAGAAUUCAGCCAUAUUUAGAUUGUGUAUUUGUUGUUGUGUAGGCUAGGAGUUACAGAUGUUCAGUGUCACACAACAACAGCUAUCAAGAAAUAGAUUUUUUUUUUUAAUUUUGAGGUCAACUGUUUUGUUGAUCCUUAGAGCAGAAUAGAUGGGAGGGUUAACUGUUAAAUUGCCACACAUUUUCUUUACUGUGACAGCUGCUACUGCACUGUGCCUUCCACGUGAACUAGCCUGUAGGUGACACAAACUAAGACUGGGUUCACUUUAACUCAGAUGCCAUUUACAAUACAAUUCAUGUAAUAACUCUGCGUACCCAGUGCCAUGACCAUUACCUGCACGAAAACCGGGUGUUUACCCCAAUACUGCCUUGACGUUAGUAGAUGAAACUGACUGGUUAGCGUUCACUUAACACCAAUUUAAUGGGUAUCUGGUGAUACGAAUCAGAAAUCCAGAAGCUAGCCUUGGAACAAGAAGCAGCAUGCCUUGUGUUAGGAGUGCUCUGCUGUGUGACCCUAGGGACAUGAGGCACUCGCUGGUACUGCUGCAGUUGUAAGUAAAACAGAGACGGAGACAGCUGGGUUUUUAUACCUCAAAUGAGGACUGAGUAAAAUAAAUAAAUAAACUACAA